GCGAGGAGGCGAAGAACGGCGUACAGAGAGAGAUGGAAAGAGACGGAAACGGAGGCGAAAGGCGGCACUGAGGCGCAGCAGUCCCGAGCUCAUUUAAGCCGUUUGCUUCUCGUCUGACAGCGAGACUUUCAUCAUGUUGCAGAGACGAGCUGCUGGUGAAGAUCAACCAAUGAGCAGACAGCAGUGAAGAGAUCCUACGGCUAAACGGCUUCCCUGGGUUUCGCUGACGUCCCCAUCGCUUCACUGAAGAUGGACACACUGGAGUCGGAGUUGACUUGCCCAAUCUGUCUGGAGCUUUUCGAGGAUCCUCUGCUGCUGCCCUGCGCCCACAGCCUGUGCUUCAACUGCGCCCAUCGCAUUCUGGUGUCCCACUGUCCCUCGCUCGACGAGCCCAGCAAACCCUACUCGGCCUUCCAGUGUCCCACCUGCCGCUAUGUCAUCACCCUCGACCAGCAGGGUCUAGACGGCCUCAAGCGCAACGUCACUUUGCAGAACAUCAUCGACCGCUUCCAGAAGGCGUCCCUGAGCGGGCCGAACUCGCCGAGCGAGACGCGCCGCUGCAGCCGCGACCCGUUCCCUUCGGAGGCGGUGGACGACGGCGGGGUCAUGAGCUCGCCGAGCGAAGCCGUCCAGUGCCAGUUCUGCGAGCAGGACCCGCCGCAGGAGGCGGUCAAAACCUGCGUCACCUGCGAGGUUUCCUAUUGCCAGGAAUGCCUGCGGGCCACUCACCCCAACAAGAAGCCCUUCACCGGACACCGGCUCACCGAACCCGUGCCGGACUCGCGCCUCCGAGGAAUGGCCUGUCCCGAGCACGGAGAGGAGAAGGUCAACAUGUACUGUGUGACGGACGAGCAGCUGAUUUGCUCGCUGUGUAAACUGGUCGGGCAUCACCGUGAACACCAGGUGGCAGCACUGGGAGAGAGAUACGACAAGCUGAAGCACAUGUUGGAUUCCAACCUCAGCAACCUGAUCAAGAGGAACAGUGAGCUGGAGAACCUGAUGGCCAAACUCAUCCAGACCUGUCAGCAUGUGGAGCACAACGCGGCUCAUCAGGAGAGCAAGCUGGCCGAGGAGUGCGACACGCUGAUGAACAUCGUACAGCAGAGGAGACAAAUCAUCGGCACCAAGAUCAAAGAAGGAAAGGUGGUUCGUUUGAGGAAGCUAGCGCAGCAGAUCGCUAACUGUAAGCAGUUUGUGGAGAGGUCGUCCUCGCUCAUUGCUCAGGCCGAUCUGGCUCUGAAAGAGACGGAUCACGCUCGAUUCCUGCAGACCGCAAAGAGCAUCUCCGAGCGAGUGUCGAUGGCGACGGCGUCCUCACAGGUCCUGAUCCCAGAGAUCAACCUGAACGACACGUUCGACGCGUUCGCGCUGGACUUUUCCAGAGAGAAGAAGAUGCUGGAGGGUCUGGAUUACCUCACAGCUCCGAACGCUCCCUCUAUCCGCGAGGAGCUGUGCACGGCGUCUCACGACACCAUCAGCGUUCACUGGACGUCAGAGGACGAGUUCAGCGUGGUCUCGUACGAGCUGCAGUACACCAUCUCCACCGGCCAGACCAACGUCGUCAGUCUGUGUAACUCGAUGGACAGCUGGAUGAUCGUGCCCAACAUCAAGCAGAAUCACUACACGGUCCACGGCCUGCAGAGCGGCACCAGGUACAUCUUCAUCGUGAAGGCCCUGAACCAGGCCGGGAGCCGCAGCAGUCCUCCGGCCAAACUGAAGACCAACAGUCAGCCGUUUAAGCUGGACCCGAAGUCUGCUCACAGGAAGCUGAAGGUGUCCCACGAUAACCUGACGGUGGAGCGGGACGAGGCCUCGUCCAUGAAGAGCCACGCUCAGGACCGCUUCGGCAGCACGGGGAACUACGGCGUGACGGGGAACGUGUUCAUCGACAGCGGCAGACAUUACUGGGAGGUUCUGAUCGGAGGAAGCACGUGGUUCGCUAUCGGUAUCGCCUACAAGUCGGCUCCCAAGCACGGCUGGGUGGGUAAGGACUCGGCCUCGUGGGUACUGAGCCGCUGUAACACGUCGUGGGCGGUGCGUCACAACAGCAAGGAGUUUCCCAUCGAGCCGUCUCCUCACAUGAGGCGCCUGGGCGUGCUGCUGGACUACGACUCGGGCUCGCUGGCCUUCUACGACGCCGCCGGCACGCAGCACCUGUACACCUUCGACAUCGCCUUCUCGCAGCCCGUCUGCCCCGUGUUCAGCGUGUGGAACAAGUGCUUGACCGUCCUCACGGGCCUCCCCAUCCCCGACCACCUGGAGAUCAGCGACCCGCGCGACUGAAAGCUUCCGCGUCGGGUCUGGAGAAAUUGCGCGACGCGAAUGGGUGCCGUCAGAAAACGUGGCGAUAGUGCGCAGUCGGUCGGUUCACGUCUGGAGAAGACAAAGUAAUCCGUAAUAACGCUUUCUCCAGUUAAAAAAGAGUUUAUAUCCAGACAGAAACGUGUUAGUUUAGAGCCGUUUAGUGAACGGUUCUCUCCUGAUUCACACCAGAACACAUUUUCACUGGAGGAAGAGAUGUUAUGGAUUAUUACUAUUUUGAACUAGUAUUUAUUUUUAUUUUUGUCCAGUUUAAAUUUUUGUUUUUAAAUGUUUAAUUUUUUUCAAACCAAAUUUAGUA